AUGUCCAAGUUCCUCUCGAAGCUGACAGGCGAGAAGGAGCAACGCUCUGAUCUUGCGCCUGGGCAAACAUCCUUCUCCUCCAACAACCCAUACAGCUACACUCAGUCUCAACCUCCAGCCUACCAACCACCUCCAGGUCCGCCACCAGGCUACGGAACCUCGUCUGCCAUACACCCAACGCCGGAGAAGAACGACAAUCCUCCACCAUAUCACGACUGGACAUCGAUACCAGAUACAGCACUACUACCGCCACCUCCACCCAUCACAAGUGAACACAGUUCGACUUCAAAUGCCUCGUACGAUGAAGCGGCAGCGGCUCACGCUUGGUGUGCACGGAAUCACGUCUACACACCCAAAAUACCCAAUGUAUAUCUGAUAGAAGCUGUACAAGCAGGAAGGCACGAUCUCGACAGACCACCAGGCUUCAACGGCACAAUAGACAAAGCCAUUCUCACCUCAUCGCCAGCCUCAUUCGGCACCAAUGCCUACGGCACGGUACCAAGCACAGUACUCCGUGUCACCUUUGCAUCUGCAAACACCACAACCACUAAUCACCCUCAACAAAAAUCCUCACUAUCUCGCUUCCUUAAACAUCCCGCACACCAACUCGCUUCCUCCACCUCCUCUUCCAUCCCAGCCGACCAAACCCUCACCACCCUCCUCCCCCUCUACUUCGCCGCAACAUCCAACCCCCUCUCACCGCACUUCGCCACCACAAAACCCCACCCCUUCACCAUAUUCUUCGAAAUCACCCCUUUAGCAUUUCACUCCCCCGACGCAUCAGUGGCAAUAGGCUACGUCGCAAAACCCUACCCACCAGGCCGACAACCGGGCUGGCACCGCGCAAGUCUAGCUGUGCAUUCUGACGACGGGAAUCGGUACGUGAAUGAUUCUUGGGGUGGGAGGUCGUUUACACAGCCUCUGAGAGUUGGGGAGAGGAUCGGGUUGGCUGUGCAGUUUGAGCCUAUUCCUGUUGUGGAGGGGGAGAAAAAGGAUAGGAGAGGAGUGUUACAGAGUGAGCAGGAAGUACAUAGUCCUCUCCCGAAAUGUAAGACAAGAGUGUAUUUUACGAGGAAUGGAGCGGUAGAGGGGAGUUGGGAGAUGGAUGAGGAGAGGGAUGCGGAACGGGACGAGGGUGUGGCUGGAUUGCAAGGGGAGAGUGAUUUGUAUGCUGCGGUGGGGAUGUUUGGUAAUUUUGAUGUUGAGAUUAGGUUCUUUGCUCAGGGGGAGGGAUUUAUUGCGCGGCCGUCGAUAUAA